GUUGUUAUCCUUUUAUCCCCAUUCACGCAAACAUUCCCAAAUACCUAACGGUGGAUUUCUUCUUCACGCAUCCUGCAGGUGAAGAUGUCCUCCUGUGUCCUGCUCUCUGCCCUAUUUGCCCUUCCUCUUGCUUUGGGUUGGGUUGUGCUGGGUGAAAGAGAAGAAGUCCAGAUGUUGUGUGCCGGGAGACAAUUUCGUCUGCCAGUGUACUCUACAUCCAGAACAGUGACUUUCACACCACACCCUGAUGGGCCGAGGCGUGUCCUGCUGGACAAAACCACUGUAAAGGACCCACGUUUCGAGUGGACCAGAGAUAAGAUGCUAGUCUUGAAAGAAGUGGGUCAUGGUGAUCAGGGACUCUAUGCCAUCAAACUGUCCUCUGGAUUCACCUAUGAGACUGUUCGCUUGACUGUUUCAGAAUGCAUUAAGUCCUACCACAGAAACUAUGGGGAGAAAUUCGAGCACAGCAUCCCUGAAAAUGGCUCUCUACUGGAGUUUUUACCUCGGGGUGCUCCACCUGAGGCCAUGCCAGUUGUGCUGUGGAACCGAACGAACCCAGAGACCAGCGAUGCAGGCCGGGGGCGGCUGCAGCGGGGCGGGAAGGUCUGGGUGGCUGAGAGAGUAACACAAGCAGACCAAGGCAACUACACUGUGAGAGACGACAAGGGGAAAGUCCUCUCCCGCAGCACCCUCACUGUCCGCGGACACUCUUUCAAUGUCACCCGCUUCACCAAGGAGUCUCUAAACCUGCCCCUCUUUCUUCCUGUCCCUCAUGCUCACCUCAUUUUUACCCCCACCCGAUAUCCUGACGAAUCCUCCCUGGGCCCUUUUGACCCCAAGCCCCCCCGUGGCCCUGUUCAGCUGAUCCGUGAGGGCCAUAUAACAGACCACGACAUGCGCUACAGGGGCCUCAUCUCUCUGGGCAGGAACGGCACCAUCAAUGAGGUUGUCAUUGUGAGGCUGACCUCAAGGCAUGAUGGUGUGUAUGAAAUCAGAGAUGGGGAUGGCAACUUGGUGUCCUCCACGGUCUUGCAGGUGAUUGAAAAGGGAGGCAGAUGGCGAGCACUUCUCAAGUCCAUCACUGUCCCUUCUGGCAUGUUCGUGUCACUGGCUGGUUUCAUCCUGUUCAUGAAGCGAUACCCGAACUGCAGCAUGUCGCAGAUCAUUGCUGGCCUCAGAGCAAACCGCACGCCACAGGCAAAUCCUCCGAGAGUCAAUAUUCAGGACUACAGCCAGUCGAGCCCUCAGCCCUCAGGCUUCUACAGUCACUCUCAGCAGCCGGGAACACCAAGAAAAUGGACUCCAAGAGCCAGUCCCACUCAUACUAGUUACAGUCCAGUUAUGGUGGGAACUCCGAGAGCUGAGAACCAGGAAGCACACAGACUGGCAGCUAGGAGCUCACCUUGUCAUAAUUCAAAUACUGAGAACACAUCUCACAACAAUGAGGAAGAGAGAAGGAUUUCCUUUUCAAUGCCAGGGGCUUCAGACUGCCUCCACUCCUCUGAGGACUGUGUCCAAUUCCAGAUCAAGAAAGAUGGAAAUGACAAAAGGUGGAGCAAAUCACAAGGAUUCUUUUCCACACUGCCGCUAGACACGGACACCUCUGAAUCCUGCAGUGUUUACACUUCGGAGAAACUGAACUUCUUAUAAAGCAAAGCACUGGAGCAGAAGGAAGAAGAGAAAACGUAGGACGGAGAAACUACGGUAUUGGAUUCUCAGGUGGAGAAAGCUGUUUUGAUAAAGAAAGACCUCACCUGUGCCUUUUGCAUCCUAGCUUAGUUUCAGUGGUUUGGUAUCAGUAUUGCAUGUCAUUUUCCCAUGUAAUUUUCUGAAGCAUGAGUUGAGCCCCACAGUCUCAUGUUACAUUUUUCUUGACACUAUUGAUGGUGCUCCUGAAAUCUCCUGCUGUUACCUACCUCCAGACCCUCAGGACCAGUAUGAUCCGCACUGUAUUUGCUGAGUGUUGGUGCGAGUAUGUUUGUGAUGUGAUCUCUAGGGCUACGAGAAAUUAGAGUUGAGAUACAAACAUUUGCAAAAGGGAAUUCUUAAGUACUGUACAGUCAUAGAGAGUUAGUCGACCUGUUUUUCUCCAUCCAUCAUGUUAACCAUUCCUAACUGCAAUAACUAUUAAUUAUGUUAGAUGUCUGCUCUGCAAUUCAGUGAUUUUUGCAACGAGAUAGUGUAUUUACUCUCCAGGUGAUUGUUGUAAUACCUAUGUGAGAUAUAACACGUUCCACCAAAUAUUGCAAUAGCCUAUUAACAUGUAAACUUUGUGUUUAUGAUAAUAUCUUACCACCAAAUCUUUCUAGUGACAAAAGAGGUUGGACUGCUGCUUGUGAUAUUUUUGGACUAUCAAAAUGGCAUCUCUUAAACAAUAAAAUAUAUC